GCUAACCCAUACCUAAUACUCCAUUGCCUUAUCUAAUCCAUGGACUAGGCUAAUCCUUGCAAUUUAUAUUCCAAUGUGACUUCUCACACAAAGCUUCCCUCCCAUCUAAACCUGCAACUGCAAGUACUACUCUACUCUUUAUUGUUGCAUCGCCAUCCACCACCCGCCCAGAAAAAGGUCCAAGAAUUUAGCAACGGUAAUCAAGAAUGGCCACGCCAAGAUCCUUCCCCGACUCCUAGCACAUGCCCAAGAAUUGUCUCCAAAAAGAUUCCAUCUUUUUGAUUGGUCAUAAAGCAAAGCCUCUGCUUUUGAUCUAUACUGGUUUAGUGAUUUCGUUUGCUCUGGUUUCGUGAGUUGUGUGAUUGAUACAAGGAUGAGUAAUUCUUCGGGGCUGCUGCCUCCGCCAUCGCCGUCGCCACCGCAGCCUCCGGCGUCCCCGCCGGCGCUUGGCAACGUGGAGGCCAAGAUAAGCCCGAGCAUCCUCUUCAUCGUGGCCAUCUUGGCGAUCGUCUUCUUCGUGUGCGGGCUGCUCCACGUGGUGGUGCGCCACCUGCUACUGGUGCACCGCCGGCGCCGCGCACGGGAGGACGCGGAGAGCGUGACGGCGUUCCAGGGGCAGCUGCAGCAGCUGUUCCACCUGCACGACGCCGGCGUGGACCAGGCCUUCAUCGACGCGCUCCCGGUGUUCCUGUACCGCAACGUCGUGGGAGGCGGCGGCGGGCAAGGCGCGGGCAAGGACCCGUUCGACUGCGCCGUCUGCCUGUGCGAGUUCUCGCCCGACGACCAGCUCCGGUUGCUGCCCAAGUGCAGCCACGCGUUCCACCUGGAGUGCAUCGACACAUGGCUGCUGUCCCAUUCCACGUGCCCACUCUGCCGGAGGUGCCUGCUCGCCGAGCUAUCGCCGACGUGCAGCCCCGUCGUGAUGGUGCUCGAGUCCGAGAGCUCCCGCGACAUGGGCGCCUCGGCGACACGGGCCAGAGACGACGCCGACGGUGAGCCAAGCGGCGUCGGCGGUGGCGCGUUGGGGCAGGAGGAAGCAGAAGAGGUGGUCGAGGUGAAGCUGGGAAAGUUCAUGUGCGUGGAAGGCAACGCCAAUGCGAAUGCCACGGCCAACGGAGGGGACGGAGCUGGCACCAGCAGCGACGUCAAUGGCGAUGUUAAUGCCAAGGCACGCCUCGGGCAAAGAAGGUGCCACUCCAUGGGUUCCUACGAGUACGUCAUGGACGAGCGCGCUUCGCUACGCGUGGCGAUCAAGCCGCCCAAGAAGAAGCCAGCAGUCUCCAAGUCUUGCCGCCGCGGCGCCAUGUCUGAAUGCGAGUUCGGCGCGUCCAAGCGCGGGGAGACGUCGCUCCGCCUGCCAUUCCCAGAAACGGUCCCGAAGCAGCAGCAGUCCGACGCGGCCAUGGUUAAGCUCGCUAAGGACAGCUUCUCCGUGUCCAAGUUUUGGAUGGUGCCGUCCAAGAAAGGCACCGACGCGGCCGCCGAGAGGCGCACGGUGUCGUUCCGGUGGCCGGUGACCAAGGGCGAGGAAGGCAACGAGAAGAAGAGCGGAAGCGAGGCGGACUGGGACGUCGAGGGCCGAAGCUGCGGCAACAGUGUCGUGUCGUCUCUCGCGGAGGAGAGGCCGUCGUUCGCGAGGAGGACCUUGCUCUGGGUCGUCGGAGGCCGGCAACACAACAGAAUCGGGAGCUGUUCUUGAUCAGCAUUUCUAUCAAACGCAAAGGAAAACGAUUCUUUUCUUCUCUCUUUCUUUGUGUUUUUUUGGCAGAUUGGUAGUGAUUGAAGCAGGAAGUAAUUUGUAAAACCUCAUAAGCUAUGAAGAUUCUUUCUUUUACUUGUGUACU